AUGCAGUGGACGGAAAUAGGGAAUGCGGUGGAGUUUCUAUUUGCUUGGAGCAAGUUUAAGGGCAUUGUACUUAUAAACUUAGACUUCUUCUGUUUCUGAUUUUUUGGUGAUGUCGUGCGUAUAAUGUGUAACUAUUUUGUAUGUAUUCAUGCGAAAGUAGAAUCCGAAACAGAUGAACACCAAGCAAGGCAUCAACACAGUACUACAUUUUUUAUAUGUCAAGAAGAGUUGGGCAUCGGCUCUUGAUAUUUCCAACCUUCUUUUGUUAUGCUUUUUUUACUUUGUUCGCCUCCAACAACUUCAUCUUCUUCUUCUUCUUGUUACAUGAAAGUACUAAAAUAUACAAUACUGGCAUCUAUCGUCGAUCUUUACAAUGGCAACCUUCAGGUUAUAGGGGAGCUGAAGGACAAGAGACAUACUCCGGCCUGCAACCCGCAAACGCCGACUCAAGCAAAAGAGGGCCAAAAUCUUUCCGGCCGAGGAGUAGAUCAAGCGCCCAGAACUCCAAGCACCUCUGCAGGAGAUCCUCUUAUGCGUGCUAGCUUUUUGCGAGUAAUUAAAUUCAAAGCCCAGUUCUUCAUCUUACUUCUAGUAGUAAACGACUAUACCUGAAGCUGCCAAGAACUAUCAUGAUGACUCAUUUCUGUGGAUUUUUUCCGAUUAAUGAAAGAAUUACUGAUAUGAAAAUAUGCUAGUAUUUUGGAGUGGUUGCACAGACGAUGCCACUUCUUCCUCUGUUAUUUUAUCAUAUUAGAUCCCAACGUGGCCGUGAAGUCUCCCUCCUCACCCUUCAGGAUAGGGGAAACAACGCGCGACGCGAAUCGGCUGGAACUAUUUCUCUGUGUUUUCUUCUUGUAGAAGGCUGUAACUGUAUAUCUUCCGACGCCUAUCUUCUAUCUAUAAUAAUAGGGUCACUGCUGUUCACAAGCUGCAAUGGAAAGCCAGCGAUCUCAUAGUGCAUAGUGUACUCAUAAUACACGAAUCCACAAAAACCCCCAUUGUUCUUCCUCCUUAUCCUUCAUGCUAUCUCUUGGCACUCGCAAAGAAGUUGUAAAGGAAAAAAUUCGAGAUGCAAUCAGAAAUGCAUGCGCCGGGUUUGAAUGGGGCGAGCCCUAUGCGUCCGGAAAGGUUGCAGCAGAUACGGCAGCCGGGCAACUUCUUAAGCAGGAUCAUCUUUCUUGUGCUCAAUUGAUUGCUGCCACCAAUGAAAUGGAGUUUACCGAAAUAGGGGGUGCGGCGGAGUUUCUAUAUGCUUGGGUCCAGUUUAAGAGUGUCGUACUUAUAACCUUAGACUUCUUCUUAUUUUUUGGUGAUGAUGUGCGUAUGCGUAACUAUUUACUAUGUCUUUACUCGAAAGUAGAAUCCGAAACAGAUGAUUGAAGACCACCAAGAAAUGCAUCAACACAGUACUACACUUUUUAUUUAAUUAUGUCAAAAAGAGUUUGACAUUCUUGGCUCUUGACAUUUCCAACUUUCUUCUGUGAUGCUUUUACUUUAUUCCUUCGUUGGACCAACGACUCCUUCUUCUUCUUCUUGUUACAAGAAAGUAUUAAUGUAGAAUGCUGGCAUCUAUCGUCGAUUUUUACAAUUGCAACCUUCAGGUACUUGCUCUGGGGAAAGAGAAACAUUCUCCGGCCUGCCACCCGCAAACGCCGACUCAAGCAAAAGAUAUGAAAAUAUGCUAG